AUGGCAGCAACCAACGGGGCUCACUCUCUUCCUAAAUCCCUCGACCGCAUCACAGUCCUCGAGCAGGAUCGCCAACUACUCAGUCUGAUGACCAUCAUCCGUGAUGUCAACACCGAUAGUCGCGAUUUCUGCUCGGCCGUGGAGAGAGUGGCCCCCAAAUUGAUCGGACUCGCCAUCAACCACGUGCCCGUGGAAGCAUAUCCUAUUCAGACCCCUAUCAACAGUACAUAUGAAGGCCUCCGAUUUACGAAGGGCGUGUGCGGCGUCAGCAUCCUGCGCGCCGGGGCAAGCAUGGAGCAGGCUCUGCGGCAGACAUGGAUGGGUCCAUUGAGCUUUGGUAAGCUCUUGAUCCAGCGCGACGAGGAGACCAGCCAGGCGCAUAUCUUCUACUCCAAGCUGCCGCCGACUAUCGCCAACGACAUCGUCUUUGUCCUUGAGCCCAUGCUGGCCACCGGAGGCUCCGUGAUCAAAGCGCUCGAGACUCUCAUUGAGUCCGGUGUGUCCGAGGACGCGAUCGUCCUCGUUAAUAUCAUUGCGUCGAAGAAGGGUCUGGCUGUGAUCUCUGGGAGAUUCCCGGCUCUUCGCAUCGUCACCGCUGUGGUCGAUAAUGACUUGACUGAGAAGAACUAUAUCGACCCCGGGCUUGGCGAUUUCGGCGAUCGGUUUUACGGCACCUAA